AUCAUCAUUCGCACGUGGUUUGAUGUUUACAAUCGCGCUUGUACCGCACGUGUGAGCACGCUGACUUUUAAAAACGCAGCCAAAGAUGCUUUACCUCGUCGGCCUGGGUCUCGGAGAUGUUAGAGACAUAACCAUAAAAGGUUUGGAGAUUGUUAAAAAGUGCUCGAAGGUGUACCUCGAGUCCUACACAUCGGUACUGUCAGUUGGCGCGGCUCAGCUGGAAGAAUUCUACGGCAAGCAACUGAUAGUCGCUGACCGUGAACUUGUGGAACAGGGAUGUGCUGAUAUGCUUGAAGCUGCCGUGGAAGAGGAUGUGGCAUUUCUUGUAGUUGGCGACCCACUCGGUGCCACCACCCACUCUGACCUGAUGCUUCGCGCCCACGAGCGAGGUGUCAAGACGCAGGUCGUGCACAAUGCCUCUAUCCUGACCGCAGUUGGCUGCUGUGGCCUUCAGCUGUACAACUUUGGCGAGACGGUGUCUAUUGUCAUGUGGACCGACACGUGGCGGCCCCACAGCUACUAUGACAAAAUUGCAGCCAACCGCAAGCGGGGUCUCCACACGCUGUGCCUACUCGAUAUCAAGAUGAAAGAAAAGUCAAUAGAGAACCUCAUCAAGGGUCGAGACAUCUACGAGCCACCACGCUUCAUGACAGUUGCAGAGGCAGCCUCCCAGCUGCUUGAGAUACUCCAGGUGAAAAAAUCUGAAGGCGUUCCUGCAUCAGAAUUAGCCUACGACGAAGACAGUGCCUGUGUCGGUUUGGCUCGCGUUGGCAUGGAAACACAGCAGAUCACGUGUUGUUCACUCAAGGACAUGUCAAGCUGCGACCUGGGCAGUCCCCUGCACAGCCUGGUGAUUCCUGGCAAGCUUCAUCCAAUGGAAAUGGACAUGUUGAGGCUGUUUGCGACGAAUAGGACUUGGUUCGACACUGUCUGCAAGGAUGGAAGCUGAUGUUUCACGAGUAAAGAUGUUCUAAUGCUAAA